UCCGCCGAAUAUUGUGUUUGAAUUUUUAAAAAAAUUAUACAUAUGUAUUUCAAUGUAUUUAUUCAUUUAUUUUAUUUUCUGAAAGCAAAUAAGUUUAUUCAAAACAUUGUCACAACUACGAAAAUACAUACCAGACGAUAACAAACACAUGGACGAACAACAUCGAGUUUAUUAUUAAAAUCGGCAACAAAAUAUAGGAUUGUUUAAAAGUACUGAAUCUUAAAUAUUACACGCAGGUUGUGAUGCUGGCUGUGUCAGCAUAUUGGUGAGGAGCAUCAUGGCAGAGACUGAGUUCAGAGUGAAAUGUGUUCAGUGUAAGAAUGGGGAAGUUUCUUCUAGAUGUACAGAAGCCUUCAAUGCAUUAAAGCUUAUGGCUUUAAACCCCAGUGGAUUACCGAAGAUGAGUGUUUAAAUAUAAUGCAGAAAGAUAAAAACACAGCGUAUCUGUGUGAUAAAUUUGAAGGAGAUGCUUUUGAACACCUAAAGUCACAUGGGUUGAGAAUUUUAGGCCCAAUCUGUGUAUUAACUUGUUUGGAACUUAAAGUGGAAAUUCCUCGUACUAAAGUACCAAUCCAUAAUUUAGCCAUGAAGGACACCAUCAUAAGCUGUACGAAUAUUGAUAAGGUAUUGCGGGAAUCUUUACACAUGAAAGUUUUGAUGAUGGGUGGUGAAAUCCAACGCAACUUUACUGAAAAUGUGACACAUCUUGUGGCUGGAAUGGUUGGUAGCAGUAAAUACCAGGUGGCAAGUAACCUGAAAAAAUACAUUAUGUUACCUGAUUGGGUUAAUUCUGUCUGGGAAGCAUCACAAGAAGGCUCUGUUCACUGCAAUGAUGAGAAGUUUCAAAAAUACACUUGCCCCAUGUUUAAAGGGUUAAUUAUAACAGUCUCUGGCUUAGAAUCGGCAGAGAGGAAAAAAGUGAAGCAACUGGUUGAAAUGGAAGGUGGUGUUUAUUCAGGAGAAAUGAAAGUUGAUGAAUGUACUCAUUUAAUUGUAAAUGAACCAAAAGGCCAGAAAUAUGAAUUUGCCAAGCAGUGGAAGAUCCAGAUUGUAAAACCUCAGUGGUUGUAUGAAUCAAUUGAAACUGGUUAUUGUCUUGACGAAACAAAAUACCAAUUAAAUACUGAAGGUGGCCACAAUGAAAUGAUGACCUCCACACCAACUAAAAAUACCUCAGCUGUUAACCUGAGUUCAAUUGCCAAUAUUUCUGCAAUUAAUCGUCUUAGCGACACUAUGCUCAGUGCUUGCAGUUCAAAUAUUUCCCGAGUAGACAAGUCUAAACCCACCUUUGAUAAUACAUCAAUGUCAACACCUAUGUCAUUCUUCGAUGGUUGUAAGAUUUAUCUCAGUGGAUUUCGUGGGCCAGACCAAGAACGGUUACUCAGGAUCAUCAAUGUUGGUGGAGGUACUAGAUUUAAUUCCUUAAACGAACAUGUUACACAUGUUGUGAUGGGCGAAAAAGUGCCAGCAGAUAUGGAUUAUCUAGAGAAAGCUAUUCAUAGGCCACAUAUACUAAAUGCCUCAUGGCUUUUAGAUUGUGUGAAAGAGAGCAAGUAUGUCCCAGAGAAACCCUAUUACAUCCAGAAGCUUCCCUUUGUAAAGGAAUCGCACAUGGAACCACCAAAAGCACCUGCCCCUAUCACAAAACGAAAGCCAGUUGGUGAUGUAUCACAGCUAAACACAACAAAGAUAACUGCUACCACGAGUGAAUUUGGCGAAAAUACUGAUGAAGAAUUGGCUUUGAUGAGUCAGUAUCUCCAAGGAUCAGUAAUGUCUAAGAGUGAAGCUCUACAAAGUACCUUCAGAAGUAACAUUGCGCCCAGUAUCAACAACAUGUCAAAUGGUACUUUAGAAUCAGAUCAGUCAGAAAUGACUGAUCCUGUGAAUACUGGUGGUAUUUUUUCUGGUAAAACAUUUAUUUGUUGUGGAUUAGCGGAAGAUACACCAGUUAUUGAAAAUGCUGUUAUAGAAAAUGGAGGUAUAAUUUUGAAAAACAUUCAUCAGAUCCCUGAUUAUGCACUUGUUCCACUGGGUGGCUGUACUAUAAAAUUCACUGCCAAUGAAGUGGUCACUCAUGUCUGGCUAGAAUCUUGUUUAGAAAAACAUCGUCUGGUUCCCAUUAGUGACAGUGUUCUAUUUCAACCAAUUGAGAUCAACCACCUUGCCAAACCCCUAACAAACUGCGUCAUAUCAUUCAGUGGCUUGAAUUAUAUUGAAAAGAAUUGCCUAAUGUACCUUGGAAAACUUCUUGGAGCAAACACUCAGCUAGUUUUUGUGAAAAAGCCAACCAAGGGUAUGUUAAGUAAUACUCAUCUAGUUGUCAAGGAAGCAGAGGGACAAAAAUAUGAAGCUGCUAUUAAAUGGAAGGUACAUGUUGUGAAAAUAGAAUGGAUUUUAGCAUGUGCAAAGAGUGGUAAGUUAGAGCCUGAAGAUAACUAUAUUUGUAGACCUGUUACCUGCAAAGAUGGUGUCAGUCUGGUCAAGGAGAAUAAUGUCAAGAAUAACACUUGUUUAAUUGAAAAUGACCAAAAUGAUGGGAAUGGUUCUCUUGUUACCAAGAAACGAACCUCGGUAUCUGAUGUGAGACCAAACCACCUGGCGAAUGAUGUUUCUACGUGUAAUGAUGUUCAACAACCCCAGUGUAACAGUAUUGUCAUGGAAGGUUUGGCUAGUUCAGACAAUAGCCAGAAGGAGAAUAGACAUUCCCUAUCACAUAAACAGAUGCCUGUCUCAUUACACACAUCUAGAAUUUUGGAAUUGCAAGAGAAAGAAAGCCAGCUGUCACCUAAAGAAAAUAACUUCCAACCUAAAAUUGAUACUGAAACACCUAGUAAAUUCUUGGGCCAAGGAAAAGAAUAUCAUCCCAAAUUUGAGCUUGAUGAUUUGACUUCAGUGCUGGAAUCACAAAUGAAGGGCCUGUCUACAUCUCAUUCAAGAAGAUCUAGCAUUCCAUGGGGUGAACUGUUCAGUAAACAUAUUGAAGAAGGUGUGAAAAUUAGUGCUAAUGCUCGUACUGAGGAAUUCGGUGGUUCUCAGGAAGUUGAAGCUGUCAGUGAUAAGAAUGAGGGUCCACUGAACGGUGUUGUAAUUUCUGUCGCUCGCAAAUUGAGUGCCAAACAAUCCCUCUACAAUGACAUGGCUGUAUCACUUGGUGCUGAUUACACCUGGACCUAUGACGACACAUGUACUCAUUUCAUUUUCCAGGGCAAACAGAAUGACAUCAACAGAGAGUUUCGGUUGGCUCGAGAUCAAAAGAAAAUAAUUGUUUCACCCUACUGGCUGAUCAUGUGUAAAGAACAAAAUGUGUACGUCGACGAGUCUUUGUUUCCUCACACAUUUAAUCCAAAUUUGAACUUGCAAUCUGUUAUGAACAGCUCCAAAGAAACACCACGUCGUAAGAUGCGGUCUACUAGGACUGAUGUCUGUUCCAGUACACCUGUUGCCAAAAAGACUCCUAGAGUCUUCAGACAUGAUGUAGAAGCUGUUCCUGAACCAGAAGCAGAGGAAGAAAGGAUGGAAAUAAAUGCUUUGUUACCUGUCACUACUGAUGAAGAAUUAAUGGAACUUGAAGAAACAAAGAAACCUGAUGUGGAGAAUGCUGUUGAAAUGGCUGAAAUUCAAGAAGCUUUAAAUAAAGAGCUAGAAAAUAUUAAAGCUUCUGGCUCAAGGCGGCCAAAGAAGAGAAAUAAGAAAUUAAAUUCUUCCUGUAAUGACAGUCUCAACAACAGAAGCACACCAUAUUCUACCAAAGUUAUAGCCACAGGUAAAGCGGCAGAACAGUCAUCCAAAACUUCUGGUUCGGAAUCCUCACAGAGUGUCCAGGUUACGUGGUAUGAUCCAACAGAAAGACUAGAGAUGCAGAAGGUUGCUGCUCAGCUGGAGCGUGCAUAUUGUCCCACUCAAGAUCCUCUUGAGGGUUUCACAACCACAAAACAAGACUGUGAUGAUCAACCGACUAAUGGGAAUGGAGAGUUAAAUGAUGGUGGGAAGAAAAUCUCCUCCAGAACAUCCACCCCAGAACAACCUUCCAUUGUUUUACCACUGUCUAAGAAAUUAGAAACUGUUGCUGCCCCUCAACCAAUAGAGUUUCUGUCUGAUGACGACACCCAGGAUAAUGCCACUACUGGAACAAUGGUUGAAUCACCAUGCUUUUUAUUAUCUGGAAUAUCUCCCUCUGAACGAGUGGAUUAUGGUGCUUUGAUUGAGGAACUUGGAGGAACUGUCAUAGAAGGACAGAUCUAUCAUGAAUCUUGUACACAUCUUGUUAUUGGAUGUCCAACCAGAAAUGAAAAAUUCUUGGCUUGCAUGGCAUCAGGGAAGUGGAUACUUCAUAAAUCUUACUUUGAAGAUUGCCGAAGAGCCAAGAAGUUUGUUCAGGAAGCUAAACACGAAUGGGGCAGUGUAUCCACAGAAAGCGUCUUAGCCUCAGCCAACUCUGUUAUGAAAACAUUAGCAGCUUCAGCACAAAGGUGGCGUCUCAAAAUACAGGAACUAAAGAAGCAAAGCCCAAAAUGCCAAGGUGCAUUUUAUGAUUGGUCUGUUAUUUUGUGCACUUGUAAAAAGAAAGAAAGCAACUUUGAACGCCUUUUGAAGGCCGGUGGUGCCAAGGUUUUGUCUGCUAAGCCACCAUUUACCAAACCAAUUUCAGCAACACAUGCCCUUAUAGAUAUCACCAGAGCUGAUCUCACUACUAGUGACUUAGAAACCUUAUUGCGAAACAAUGUACUUUGUCUCCGUCCUGAUUAUAUUGCUGCUUACCUUUCAAAUGAAGUACUACAGUCACCUGAUGAAUUUUGUCCUCCUGAAGUCAUUGCUUUAAGGGCCAGCUUGAAUCUUCCAGAUUCCGGAAUGAGAAAAAGAAAAACUACUAUAAUUGGUGAAGAAGCGAAACGAAACCGAAAACUGUGAUAAUGAUUAUUAUUAUUAUUGAUAAUAAUAGUAAUAUUGUUAAUGUUGUUAGGGAGUUGGCAGAAAUUGUAAAAUGAGGCCCUAAAAUUGACUUUACAGUAUUUAGGUUUGUCUCUUCAUGUUCUGGGUUCCUUCUCUCCCCGUAAUAUACUCAUGUCAGAUUAAGUGGUUAAACUCUGUUCCUACAAAUUUCUGAUCCUGCUGACUAUGGGAUAUCACCAAAGGUUGGCUUUGCCUUACCAUUCCUCUGAGACAGAUAAAAUAUGGUAUUGAUACCAGUUGUGGUCUGGGAAGUGACAAUGAAUUACCACUCAAGUAUUGGGAAACUUGAUAAAAUGAAGGACCAAUCAAGUAUUGGGGUUUGAUUUUAUCAAUGUAUUCCUUCACCCAUAUUUAUAUCUUUGUACUUAUGUUAGAAAUUAUUGUUAUUAUUACUGAGGCAAGCUGGCAUUAUCAUUAGCAUGCUGGACAGGCAUUUUGUCCAUCUUUAUGUUCUGUAAUGUUUAACUUUGCCUUUCAUCUUUUCAAUGUUGAUAAAAUAAGUACUGGUUGGGCACGGGGGUGAAUAUAAUCAAUUUACCCAUCCUCUAAAAUUGCUGGCCUUGUGGCAAAAUCUGAAACUAUUAUUACUAAGGCAGCGAGGUGACAGAACUGUUAGCAUACCAGAGAAAGUGCUUAGUGGCAUUUCUUCAGGUUCUUUGCAUUC